CUCCGGGCCGUCUACUGCUAUCUCACUCCUCCUCCGCCGUCCUGGCUGCAUCCGAUGAGCAGGAAUCGAAACUUAGCCGGUGCUGCUGCUGCUGCCGCCGCCGCCUCCCCCCAGUUCAUAGUCUCUGCUGCGGCGGAAAAGAGGCUGGACUCUUGCAGGGCAAAGCGGGGGGCUGGAUCGCCCUCCCUCCCCUAGCAGUUUUCCUCCCUGGAGCUGCAGGCAGACAGACCGGUCCACUUCCAGCUCGGACGCUCUUGCUGCUGCAUGGAAGGAAAGGUAACGAAGUCCAGAAAAACAGACUCAAAGUCGGGGAAGGAGAUGGACCCUCCAGAGUAUGCCGCAGUGAAAGAAAUGCAACCCCCCAGUCUGUGGUGGAAGAAUUGGAAGGUCUGGAUUGCAGUGGCCAUGGUCGAAUUUGCUGUCGUCCUCAUCCUGACGGCUGGCUUGGCUCACUUCGCCAGCCAUGAGGCAAGCGGAUACGAGGCAUCGGGACAAGCAUCAAAGAGCUCCCCGGAUAGCAGUUUGUUAACCGUGCUGGACCGCGUCAACAAAACUCUGCAAGAGGCCACAAAGCACCAAGAAUCCUGCCAGAACCUCACGCGGAGCCUGGAAGCGAACACCUCCAGCCUGAGCGUUGCGGUGGCACAGCUGAAUGAGCGCUUGCGCCAGAAGGAAAUGGAAAGCCACCUCUUGCAAGAAAGAGUUGCAAUCCUGGGAAACUGGACAGAAGAACUCAAGAAUCUGAACAACAAGCAGAAAGAGAUCAUUGCACACUUUCAGCAGCAGCAGAAGAGAUUGUCCAGUGGCAGUGGCCUCCUCCAUCUUCAUGGUAGCCAUGCCUCCCUCCUGCUGCUGACCCUUGCCGGGGUCCUUUGUGUCUGAGAAGCAGCGGCCCAUGAACUGAUUUCCAACACCGCUCAAGUCAUAUCCUCCCCGAAUAUGGGACUGAAACUGCCUUGGUCACUCGCGUGGAUGACCUACGCCGGGAACUAGACAGGGGGAGUGUGUCCCUGUUGUUGUUGUUGUUUGUUCAAUUUCAAUACUGUCCUUCCCAAAAUGGCUCAGGGCGGUUUACACAGAGAAAUUACAAACAAAUAAGAUGUAUCCCUGUCCCCAAGGGGCUCACAUUCUAAAAAGAAACAUAAGAUAGACACCAGCAACAGUCACUGGAGGUACUGUUCUAGGGGUGGGUAGGGCCAGUUACUCUCCCCCUGCUAAAUAAAGAGAAUCACCACAUUAAAAAGGUGCCCCUCUGCCCAGUUAGCAGGGGUCUGUUGAUUCUGCUGGACCUCUCCGCGACGUUCAAUACCAUUGACCAUGGUAUCCUUCUGGACCACCUCAGGUAUGGGAAUUGGAGGUGCUGCAUUGCAGUAGUUCUGGUCCUUUCUUGGGGGGAGGGCCCAGAAGGUGGUGCUGGGGGACUACUGCUCAGCCCUGUGGCCAUUGGCCUGUGGGGUCCCACAGGGAUCGGUCUUGUCCCCCAUGCUGUUUAACAUCUACAUGAAGCCGCUGGGAGAGGUCAUCCGGGGACUUGGACUGAGUUGUCAGCAAUAUGCGGAUGACACUCAGCUCUAUCUCUCCUUGUCCCCUGAUCCUAGGGAGGCGGUGGAUGUCCUGAAUCGGGGGCUGGAGGCCGUGAUGGGUUGGAUGUGGGCUAAUAAACUGAGACUGAAUCCGGACAAGACGGAGGUGCUGUUGGUCAGUAGGAGAGCCAAUCGGGAUGAGGAGAUUUUACCAGUUCUGGAUGGGGUUGCACUCCCCUUGUAGGAGCAAGUACGCAGCUUGGGGGUAUUACUGGACCCAGCUCUGCUUUUGGAAGCUCAGGUGGAGGCAGUGGCCAGGGGUGCCUUUGCAUGGCUUCAGCUAGUGCACCAGCUGCAUCCCUUUCUCGAGAAGGCAGAUCUGGCCAUGGUUACCCAUGCCUUAGUCACAUCAUGGCUAGAUUACUGUAAUGCGCUCUACGUGGGGCUGCCCUUGAAGAAUAUCCGGAAACUGCAGCUAGUGCAAAAUGUGGCACCUAGGGUUUUAUCUGGAGCUGCCCGGUGGGAUCAUAUCACACCCAUUUUGAAAGAGCUGCACUGGCUACCGGUUUCCGGGUCGCUUGACGAGGUCAUCUGAGGGGGCUCUGCUCCGGGUGCCGACAAUGAGGGAGGCUCGGCUGUCGUGCACACGGGACAGGGCCUUCUCUGUUGCUGCCCCCAGACUCUGGAAUGCUCUCCCGAUGGGCUAUUCACUCCUCAGUCUCCAUCACAGUUUUUAGAAAGCAUUUUAAAUCUUGGCUUUUUACCCAGGCUUUUAUAUGAUUGUCUCUACUGCUGCUUCUUUGGGUUUUGUACAGUUUUUAUGCUUGUAUUUUAAAUCUUUUGAGUCAGAUUUGUUUUAUGUUCUAGCUUAAUUUUUUUUAAUUGUGUCAUUUUUAUAGUUUUGUUUUUAAUGUUUGUGUAAACCACCUUGGGAUUGUUUUAAUGAAUGGUAGUAGACACAUUUAACAAUAAAAUAAAUAAAGUUACCAACUCAGAUAGCAUGAAAAGCCUUGGCAAAAUGUGUGAGGUGGUUGGUUGAUGCGUCCCCGCUUCCUUCCCCUGUGUGACUGUCAGAAAUCCAACAGGUGCAGUUCUUCGCAGUUUGGAGAGGCUUGGAUCAGAAAAGAUCCAAGAUUGGUGGUGACCUCAGUGUUGUGGUUCAGAAGGGAGAGAUUUGGCCCCUCUUCUUCUUCUUUUUAAAAAUCUCAAUUUAUUCCAAAAUUAGCUGGUCAUGGACUACUCGGGUAGCAUUUGGCUAACUUAAUAAUCCUUGAAAAACACGCUUACGUUGGGCAAACAAUGGAAAGAGCAUUGGUGAUGCUCUUGGGGUCCUCCAGAGUCAUGUGCAUGACCCUCUCGCCCUGGCCAUGCCGUAAGGGAUCUGUCCAGGUAGUGCUAAUAUUUCCCCAUGGCUAAGACCGGUUCCUGUCUCUUAAUCUGUGCCCAUGGUUGUGGGUUCUGCAGAGAUCUUUCUGAACAUGGGACACUAUAGGAGUUCCAUAGGUUGCCAAGUACUCCUGUGAAGAAUAAAUGGCAAGCAGCUUGUGUGAGAUGGAGACCAAAUGGAGAAGCCAAGAGAGGUGGCUGAGCGCUGACGUCUGGCUUGCUGGGCGCUGAUGUAACCUGUUGCUGAGUUGUCAGAGUGUGUUACUGUUUUCCACUCCGUCCGAUGUUCAUUUUGUAUAUUUGUAAAUAAAGCAAAUAUUUUAGACACCU